UCUCAGGGUGUCCGCGGGGUCUUAAAAAGUCUAAAAAAGUCUAAAAUUACACAUUUUCAAUUUAAGGCCUAAAAAAGUCUAAAAUAUAGAGAUAUUUCGCAGUGUAAGUCUAAAAUUGGGUUUGAGUAAUUUAAGACCUACGUUUCAAUGCAAAAUAUCGACAAAGGAUUAUUUUUUUUGUUUGUUUUGUUUUUACGUCCUUUUCCACACCGUUCUGUUUUUUUCUUUUUCUGUUAUGGUGGCAGUUAUGGUCCGUGUAGUUCUACAUGACAUGUGCUGUUAGUGGAACGUACAAUAAUAAAACUACAGAUGUGAAACGGAAAUGUACUGUCGUCACAGGAUGCAGCAGCAAGUAUUUUGAUUCUCUGUGUACGAGGCGGGAAUAGUUACGAAGUAGGAUAACGUCCGAAUGGCAGGAGAAAGUUAAAAAAAAGGAUGGGUAAAUGUAAAUUCAACGACAAUUGGCUCUCAAUAGGGCAAUUUGCAGACUGGCUGAAACGCGUUCCCGCUGAUGACAGUGAGGCAUACUGCACGUUUUGCAAAAGAACUCUUAAACUCGGGACCCUGGGCAUCAAGGCACUGGAGUCUCACACAAAAUCCAGCAAACACCAGGAGUCGGCAAAUGCAGCACGCAAUUCCCAUGGAAUUGCCCAGUUCUGUUCAGUAGCAAGCAGCACGUAGUCAAUAAAUAAUACGGGUAAUAUUCGUGAUCUAUAGGGCUCCACUGAUACAAUGAAGGCAGAAGUUCUGUGGGCGCUUAACACAGUGGCUAAACACCAGUCAUGCAGAUCCAAUGACGGCAUCGGAGAGCUUUUCCAAGCGAUGUUCCCCGACUCCACAGUUGCCAAAACAUUCCAAUGCGGGAGAGACAAGAUGUCGUACAUACUCCGAUUUGGAGUGGCAGAGUUCGUCAAAAAAGAGCUUAUCUCAAAGGUGACCGGGCCCUUCGUCAUUAUGUUUGACGAAAGUCUUAACCACACAACAAAGAGGAAGCAACUGGACCUUCACGUAAGGUACUGGGAUGACGGCCAGGUACAGUCCCGGUACCUGGGCUCACAAUUUAUGGGCCAUGCCACAGCAAACGACUUGCUGAAGGAGAUCAAAGAAUGUGCGGGCCACCUGGACCUCAGCAAGCUGAUUUCGAUCUCAAUGGAUGGUCCAAAUGUAAAUUUUAAGUUCUUUGAGCUGUUCCAGGCGGAAUAUGCUGACCUGUACGCUGGUUCUCAGCUCAUAUCUGUUGGUAGCUGCGGGUUACACACCGUACACCAUGCCUUUAAAACAGGCUUCUCGUGGCAGGUGGACAAGAUCCUCAGGGCCUUGCACACAUUGUUGCAUAAUGUUCCCGCAAGACGAGAGGACUACGAGAAGACCACCAGGUCUACCCGCUUCCCGUUGGCAUGGUGUGGGCACCGAUGGCUGGUAAACCUGCCUGUCGUGAUACGAGCGUUGGAUAUCUGGUCAUCUAUGCUGGUGUACACCAAUGCUGUGAGGAGAAAGGAGCUUCCAAAUCCUGGCACUGGAAGCUUUGCUGUAAUCGAAGAAGCCCAGAAAGAUCCCCUGACUCUACCUAAGCUGCAGUUUUUCAGGAGCAUCGCCCAGCUAUUUGAUCCGUUUUUAAGGAAGUACCAGACUGAGGAGCCGGUGAUGCCUUACCUAGGCAGAGAUCUGGCAGAGUUGAUCAAGAGUCUGAUGCGUCGUUUCGUGAAACGAGAGGUUCUGCAGGACAUCACCACAGCCCAGCUUACCAAACUGGACAUAGGUGACAAGAAUAUCUUGAUGCCGGUGCACUGUGUUGAUAUUGGCUUGGGUGCUGAGGAGGCCCUCAAGAACAGCAAAAGUUCAGACCUCAGGAUUCUUGAAUUUAAAAGGGACUGCAUGCAAGGACUCUCAAGCAUGGUGAAGAAAGUACAGGAGAAGAGUCCUCUUAAGUACAGUACCGUUAGGCAGAUGGAUUGUCUAGACCCCACAGUGAUGAGCAGUGAUCCAGACGGCUGCAAGGCAAAGAUGAAGGGACUUGUGCAGACAUUUCUGCUCAACAGGCAGCUGGCAGGAGGAGUUUGUGCUGGUACUAGGAGUUCUAGAAAGGGCUGAGGAAAAUUAUGCGUGCCACUUUCAGAUAAUCUUGUAUAUUAUAUUUAGCAUCUGCAUUUAGCAACUGAUCAGUAUUUAUUGUAUGUCAAAAUAUGAUCACAAUAUAUUUGAGUGUAGAUCUCUUAAGUUAGGUUACUCCAGCAAAUCAUUUCCAUGCACCCGUUUUGUGUGGUUUAAAGACUGUACCCCCACAGAGCUGUAAGGAAAGCCACAAUGGUGAUGACUAAAUGGAAGCCAUAAGUAAAUUUAUUUUUACAUCUUUUUGUCUCAGGGGACACCAUUCUCCAACAGUUCGAUGCUGCGUUGUCUGUGAAGUGCAGGCAUGAAGAUUUCAUCUCCUUCAAGCCAAUGCAAAAGAGGCUAGAUGGCUUCCUUCAUGGCUUCAUCGGCAAGGCAUACCCAGAUCUUUGGGCCUUUUGCAAGACCCUUUUACUGCUUUCUCAUGGUCAGGCGUCUGUAGAGAGAGGCUUCUCAGUGAACAAAGAGAUCGAGACGGAGAAUAUGCAAGAAGAA